UAGGAGGAAGCCCCAAGAGCCCUUGCCGCCCACGGAACGCGCCUGCGUAAUCCGGGUCCAGGCCGCCGACAUUCCAGAGACGCCUUCCGCCCCGCCCCCAAUUCCGGGGCGGAGUCCUCCGCCGCGCCGGCGCAAAGCGUCGCCGCACCCCACGCCUGCGCGCUUCGCCCGCCCGGCCCCAUCCCCCCCCAGGUUUUUCUCGUGGGGGAGGGGGCACGUCUCGGCGAGUCACGAUGAUGGCGGCCACCAUCCUGUGGUGAGCUAGCGGAUUACCUGCUUGUCUCGCCGAGCCCCUCGCGCCUUCUGCAGAUUCGGUGGCUGGCGCUCGGCGCGUGAGGAAGCACGGCGGCCCGAGUUUGCGGGGAAGGCCGCAGUCGCGGAGGCAGCGGCGCGGUCCGGGGCACGGGCUGGGGGAGAGGCCGCUCCGCUGGGCGAAUGUGACAAGCCCCCACCCCCACCGCCUUCCUCCCCAGAGCGCGAGGAGCGCGGGCGACCCCGGGGCCCCGCCAGGCCACAGACCCCGCCCAGCGGCCAGCACCCGGCGCAGGCCCGGCAGCCGAGUUGCGCGGCGGCACCAUGCAGGUCACCCUGAAGACCCUCCAGCAGCAGACCUUCAAGAUAGACAUCGACCCCGAGGAGACGGUGAAAGCACUGAAAGAGAAGAUUGAAUCUGAAAAGGGGAAAGAUGCCUUUCCGGUAGCAGGUCAAAAAUUAAUUUAUGCAGGCAAAAUCCUCAAUGAUGAUACUGCUCUCAAAGAAUAUAAAAUUGAUGAGAAAAACUUUGUGGUGGUUAUGGUGACCAAACCCAAAGCAGUGUCCACACCAGCACCAGCUACAACUCAGCAGUCAGCUCCCGCCAGCACUACAGCAGUUACUUCCUCCACCGCAACAACUGUGGCUCAGGCUCCAACCCCUGUCCCUGCCUUGGCUCCCACUUCCACACCUGCAUCUAUCACUCCAGCGUCAGUGACAGCAUCUUCUGAACCUGCACCUGCUAGUGCAGCUAAACAAGAGAAACCUGCAGAAAAGCCAGCAGAGACACCAGUGGCUACUAGCCCAACAGCAACUGACAGUACAUCGGGAGAUUCUUCUCGGUCAAACCUUUUUGAAGAUGCAACGAGUGCACUUGUGACGGGUCAGUCUUACGAGAAUAUGGUAACCGAGAUCAUGUCAAUGGGCUAUGAACGAGAGCAAGUAAUUGCAGCCCUGAGAGCCAGUUUCAACAACCCUGACAGAGCAGUGGAGUAUCUUUUAAUGGGAAUCCCUGGAGAUAGAGAAAGUCAGGCUGUGGUUGACCCCCCUCAAGCAGCUAGUACUGGGGCUCCUCAGUCUUCAGCAGUGGCUGCAGCUGCAGCAACUACGACAGCAACAACUACAACAACAAGUUCUGGAGGACAUCCCCUUGAAUUUUUACGGAAUCAGCCUCAGUUUCAACAAAUGAGACAAAUUAUUCAACAGAAUCCUUCCCUGCUUCCAGCGUUACUACAGCAGAUAGGUCGAGAGAAUCCUCAAUUACUUCAGCAAAUUAGCCAACACCAGGAGCAUUUUAUUCAGAUGUUAAAUGAACCAGUUCAAGAAGCUGGUGGUCAAGGAGGAGGAGGUGGAGGUGGCAGUGGAGGAAUUGCAGAAGCUGGAAGUGGUCAUAUGAACUACAUUCAAGUAACGCCUCAGGAAAAAGAAGCUAUAGAAAGGUUAAAGGCAUUAGGAUUUCCUGAAGGACUUGUGAUACAAGCGUAUUUUGCUUGUGAGAAGAAUGAGAAUUUGGCUGCCAAUUUUCUUCUACAGCAGAACUUUGAUGAAGAUUGAAAGGGACUUUUUUAUAUCUCACACUUCACACCAGUGCAUUACACUAACUUGUUCACUGGAUUGUCUGGGAUGACUUGGGCUCAUAUCCACAAUACUUGGUAUAAGGUAGUAGAUUGUUGGGGGUGGGGAGGGAGGGAUCUAGGAUAUAGGGCAGGGAUAAAUACAGUGCAUGUCUGCUUCAAUUAGCAGAUGCCGCAACUCCACACAGUGUGUAAAAUAUAUACAACCAAAAAUCAGCUUUUGCAGGUCUUUAUUUCUUCUGUAAAACAGUAGGUAACUUUUCCUAGGUUUCACUCUUUUUAGUGUACUAGAUCCAGAAACUUAGUGUAAUGAUGUCCUGCUUUAUAUUUCUUUGACUUAACAUUGGUUUCAGAAAGAAUCUUAGCUACCUAGAAUUUACAGUCUCUGUUUCAUGGCAACACUGGAUAAUGGCUUUGUGAAAUUUAAAAAAUUUUCGUAGCGACUGUAAACAGAAAUGCCAAAUUGAUGGUUAAUUGUUGCUGCUUCAAAAAUAAGUAUAAAAUUAAUAUGUAAGGAAGCCCAUUCUUUCAUGUUAAAUACUUGGGGUGGGAGGGGAGAAAGGGAACCUUUUCUUAAAAUGAAAAUAAUUACUGCUAUUUUAAAAUUUCUUGAUCAUUGAAUGUGAGACCCUUCUAACAUGAUUUGAGAAGCUGUACAAGUAUAGGCAGAGUUAUUUUCCUGUUUACAUUUUUUUGUUGUUUUGGGGAAAAAAUUGGUAGGUGUCUAAUUACUGUUUACUUCAUUGUUAUAUUGCAGUAAAAGUUUUAAAACAACCAUUGCAUGUUUGCUUUUGAUGUAUCCCUUUGUGAAAUUAGCACUUUUGGGGCCAAUGGAGAAAUGCAGCAUUCACUCUCCCUGUCUUUUCCCCUUCCCUCAGCAGAAACGUGUUUAUCAGCAAGUCCUGAGUCAAACUGCUGCCUUUUUAAAAACCUACAAAAUGCUGAUUCAGUUCAAAAUUAAUGCAAAUGUUUCAAAACUGGGUUUCUGAUAUUUGUAAAUGUGUUUCUUUAUUAGAUAAGAGUGUAUUACCAUUAAAGUCAUUAGUAUAAUAUUGCUUUCAAAAAGAGAUGGUAGACAAAACUAUAAUCCAGCAUCUUUUAUUGCAUUGGAAAGACUGGCAAAGUCUUUUGGAAGGGUUGGGAGAUGUGGCUGGAAAGUACUUUGGAAAAUAUACAAUCAAGAUAUCUCAUGGCAUAUUAAAAGAAAAAUCUUAAUAGCA